AUGUGGAAUGCUCUGGCGGCGCGGUGGUCGGACCAGACGUGCUGCGUCCUCCUCUUCGCCCUCUUCGAGCACCGCUCCGCGGUCGGCGACGUGGGCUCUGGUGGGCGCCUGGGCAGCUGGUGCCACGAGUGCUUCGACCCUCGAGGCUUCGCUCCUCUCACUGGUGAGAAUUGCACGCCGAUCGUUGAAAGUGGGUCUUCUCGGACUCCCAGAUCCCAGUCUACUUCAAGCGCCUUCCUACUUCAAGACUCGGCACGCUCUUGCUGUGUUUUGUUAUUCUCUGGGAGGGCCUGGACCCAAUCUUCUUUACCCGCCUUUCUGCUUCAUGUCUUUACCUACUUCUUCCGACCGACGUGUAUGAGUGAGGUAGUCGUAGGUUCUGCUUACAGGGCACGGGCGGCAUGCUGA